AUGAGAUUUUACAAUAGACGUUGGGUCAAGCUGCGACCCGUCUUUUCUUUCGCGAUGAUUGGUGCUGUCGUCGCAAUCACAGGUUUCCGUGAUCCUGCUGUAGUGAACCAAAUCGCAUCACUAGUAAACUGGAUGGGUGGUAGCAUGCGAAGAAAACUAGACCAAAAUGUGACACACCUAGUUGCAUUUCGUUGUGCUGGUGAGAAGGUUAGGAAAGCUGCUUUGACAUCUGUCAAUGUCGCUACAAUGAAGGUUUCCUGGGUUGAAGACGCGUGGAAUUUAAGACAUUCAAAUCCUGAAGUCAACGCUUGCGACCCGGAUUUUGUUAAUCAACACCGCGGAAAAGUGUUCCAGGAGUGUUGUCUCUUCUUCAUCGGCUUUUCGCAGAACAGCGAAACCCUGGCUGAACUUGAGGCCAUCGCUAAGGAACACGAUGGUACCCUCGCAAAAGAUCUUUCUGAUGAAAGACUCACACAUGUUGUCGUUGCUGAUGACUGGCAUAAGAGAAGCGAUAUUGUUGAUAUGAGUGCUCUGCUUGUCGGUCCAAAUACAACCACCAAGGUGUCAUCCCCCAGUCCCAGUUCUUGUUUGACCGAACUCGAUUUGCACGCCAGACUUACUGAGGUCGCGUUUCGCGUUCCUGUGCUCCGAUUGGACUGGUUCUGGAAGUCGCUACAGUCCACUUAUAUUUGUCAUCCACAGGAUUUUCUCUAUAUUCACAAUGCUCGAGCUACGGACUCCCCAUACGCUUCAUUCUUAUCUUCUCAGCGUGCCUCCGUUGAUCCCUUUUCACCUCAAGUUGCUCAUCGUCCUUCAACUGAAACGUUAGGAAAGGAGAAUAGGAGCCCUCAUCAAGACGCAAGUGAAUGCGAAUUGGCUUUUCAAAGCUGCAUUUCUCCCACAAACAUUGAGCAGUCUAUGCUGCAAAGGAAUGACGAAAAUGCGGAUCAUCAUAUUAGUAGGGAGGAGGUGAUAGCUCAACUGGCUGAUCCACUGCUCAUUUUAUCCUCAAAUUGCCGCCACUCACGAGGUGCGAAUUCAUUCAUUCUCCCGGAAACCCCUUCUCCACCCUCCUCCUCGACUCAUAACUGCUCCACCCUAUCAAUGGAGCUGCAUGGGAAACUGCAGUCAAAUGAGGAUAUCGAGGAGAAAUCGAAAUCUCCAAACUCGCGCACCCCGCUGGAGGCAAUUAAAACAUCAUUUGAGCACUCCCCGCAUCGCUAUCGGGCAUCACCAAAUGCAGCUGAUAAGAGGACGCCUUUGCAAUCACGUCUCAAGGAUAGGCAACACCGAGUCUUUGAAUUUCUUCUUACUGAGCGCAAUUAUCUGAACAUUCUGGAGUACCUAACACAGACCGCAUUUUCAGAAGUGCUUGCUGAGGACCAGGUAGGUGGACCGAUUCUACCCAGGGCGGAGGCGGACAUUGUCUUUGGAAAGCUGACACCCAUAUAUCAACUCCACAAACGCCUUCAAUCGCGACUCGCCGAACUUGAGGGCACUUGGAAUAUGGAAACCAGUCAACUGGGAGAAAUCGUCCUACCGUAUAUUGAUGAAAUGGAAAAAGUAUACAGUCACUAUAUGCAGUUCUACAGUGCGCCACACCUACAGCAGUUGGGACGCGAGUAUCCGAGAUUCUUGGCUUUCAUGCGUCAGGUGGAGAGACGUAAGGAGUCCGGACGUCAGAGUCUCUCUGAUCUCCUUGUGCGUCCUGUUCAACGUCUCCCCUCCAUGUUGCUCCUCAUCCAGGGCAUAAUCAAAUUCACUCCCACAUCACAUCCUGAUUACGACGAUAUGUCUGCCUUCGCUUCGAAGCUCUCUGGUAUCUUGGAGCACAUAAAUAUGCGUCUGAAGAAGAACGAAGAACACAUCUCGUUGCUGAAUCUUUAUCAUGACAUCAGUGGCGCUCCUCCCGAGAUGCUAUCUUCGUCACGCAGCUUGGUCCGCCAACUGAAUGUCUUCCAGCUGGACAUUAAUGCCAGUGGCGCACCCACCUGUGAACCUGUAAUUCUCUUCCUUCUCACUGACUGCCUGGAGAUUGCGCGUCCGAAGAAACGAAACACGGGUGAUAAUCAUGCCAUUCAAGCAGCUUUGGAGGCUGUUGAGAGCGGCUCGCACAGUUCUCUUGCAACCGGCAUCUAUGAUGAGGCAGUGGGCGGUGGUGAGGAUGCCUCUGUAGCUGGCAACUCUUCGAUCGGCGGUAGCAGGCGCAGUACUUCAAUUUCCCGCGCUGGCUCCGGGGCCUCCGGAGUUACCAAAUUCGGCCGAGGACCAGACGGCAAGAAGCGUCACAAAUUCGCCCAUCUACUGCUUCUUAAGCUCCAGGACAUCAAACGGGUACUGGAUCUGAACACUAUGUCCCCGGAGCGUGCCGCCUUUUCUCUGAUCGUGCGAGGUGCCUCGGAAGAGCAUGACCAGAUGUUUACCUUCUGCUUGGCGGCCAGUUUCACAGCCACAGCCGCCAUCGCUUCGGGCAAGUGUCCGGAGGCGGUGGAGUCUGCAGUGGCAGCGGUGACUGCCGGGAGAAGGCCCUCCUCCUUUAAGGAUGUCAGAAGUGAAGUUGCAGCCGGUGAUAACGCGGAGGGAACAAAGGAGACGGAGGGGAUUAGUAGCAUUGCGGAGGUGCAGGUGGAAGAAGUGGACGAAGAGGGAGGCAUUGAGGAGGGCAGUGCCGUGGCAAAAUUGCAGCAUUGCGUGCACGAAGCGAAAACGAGCUUCCUCCGACGCCUCUGCCGCAACAUAAUGCAAGUGUCUUUUGUGGCUAGCAGUCCUGAGGAUCUUCUUGUCGAAAUGCAGCCUGAGGUGGUGCUGGCGUUCGAUCUCGACACAGUCUUUAGUAGUGUUGGGAAUGGGUCCUUCAAAUCGAAGAAAUUUUCGCGUCACUUGGGUCGUGCAAUUUCAAUGAAGACGCCACGACGUCCAGCAAACACACGGAACGCGAACGGACCCUCGACGAUGUCUUACCACUACGAGUGCAACAGCGCCACACGGCAGGGUGGGAGACGUGUCCCCUCUCAUGUUUCUGGACCUCCACUAGGAGCUCUUGAGAGCGCUUCGAGCAUGGCUCUCUCUUCCAGCAUCUCACUUCUUUCCACUGCCGCCGCUACUGCCGAAAAGGAGAAUCGCCACCAUUAUAACAACGUUUCCUCGGGGUUUGCCACACCCUCGCGUCCCUCUGUCCUCGGAUCCAUAUUUACUGGAGUGGGUUCCUGGACUUGCCUUUAUCCCUACUUUCACUCCCUUCCUCUUGUAUUGGCAUCACCCAAAUGUGAAAGCGAGGUGUCUGAGCUGCUUCUUCACACGACCAAAGCAACUCCAAUGAAGUCCCCCACUAGGGUAGUGAACAAAUUUGAUGAGACGAUGGAAGCCGAGUCACAGCUGCUGAAUGAAAGCUACGUCUCACAAGACGCCUCCAUCACUCCUACAGUUGCCAAUACUGCAGUAGUAGCUAAUUCUGUUACUGUCUCCGCUUCAAAGGCGGAACAAAAGAACCUCUGGCUAGAGCUGAUAUCUGAUGAGGAGGGAGAGGAAGGAACAUCGGGUGGAAGAAAAAACCUCUGUGACGGUGGCAACGAGGAAGACGAUGUCGUCUCUGUAGACUCCUCCUCGUCUUCGGGUCCUUGGCCCGGCUUCUUCCCACCCCCCGUCCCCUCCACUGUCACGAACAAGAAGACUAAGAAGGACCUUACUGCUGCCACCUCCUCCACUACCUCCCUCCGAUCAAACUGCUCUUGCUCUGCGCGUGACGGUAGUCAUGCUAGACAGUCCUUCGGUGGACUCAUGAAUGCGACUCGAAAGAGUAUCUAUCACUCCUUCCUGGCGGGCAUUCGCCGAUCGAAGCUGCCGGAGCGGAAACACCAGCAUCAGCGGCAGCAGUGUCAACGCAACCAGCAGCACACGGCUCCUAAUUCAGGUUCUUUGUCGCGAGUGGCUCCAUUGGCAACGGCGGACGAGGAUGAGUGCAACGAGGAGGAUGUGGUGGUAAAGGAUGUGUCAGGAGGAGGCAAAGCCAGCUGGUUGAUGCGUCAUCAACCGCCGCCGCGCUUUCGAUCCGUUGAUCUACGUACUCCCGGUACUGCAAGUCUCGAUAAGUCUGCCUCUGAGUGCAACCUCUCGCUUCGUGUGAAUCGCCCAAUUUCACGGGUCCCGGCAACCAGCAGUUCCACCUCCAUAAAGAACCUCUUCACCUCUCCCUUCCGCGUCCCCACCGCCCCUCCGCUUCGAAAGUCAAUUGCGGCAGCAACACAACUCGUGGGAAAAUCAAAGAUAACUCAGCGCAAUCCCUCUCCAGAAAGUAUAACCAGCUGGAGUAGCCUUAUUACUCUCGGCGAGGGUCGCGGCGAAGAUGCUGCCGAUGUGGAAGUGGUUAUGCGUCGUCGUCCAGCUGACUCUUCCCUGGACACCUGUAGCAUGAUCGUUCACCCUUCACCAUCUCUCCUAGCCUCCUCUUCCUCAUACUUCAAGAAACUGAAAGUAGGCAAAAAAAGUAAAUUCCGAAGACCGUGCGGCAGUGCCAUCUUCCAUCGAACCAGGAGCGAGAUGGUGGUGAAAGAAGAGGAGCAGGAAAGAGAGUCGGCUGUGACGAUUGAGGAGAGUAGUAGUGGACAGAGCUCCUCAAACGCGGGUUCCUCGAGCAGGCGAGAGAGCUUCUUCCAAAGGGCCUUCUUUUUUAAAUGA